UGCCUCCAGACUCCAUUGUUGCGUUUUUGCUCCGAAUGAACUGGGAUGCCACCGGUGAUUCACUCAGUCAGAGACAGCUCUGCCGUCGGCCGGUUCCCGAGCGUCACUUUGCCGUUUGUGGAAGACGUGGAGGUGGAGAAGGAGGAACCGGCAGAGAAUGGCGUUAAGAAGGAGAGUGCCUGUCGACGGUGGCUGCGUAAGGCGUGUCCGUGCUGUUAUAAACGGCCAGGCGAUGACGACGACGCCGCAGAGACCGUGGUCACCGGGGUGGAUGAUCCAGAUAAAGAGGAGGAGGGAAAUGGAGAGAAGCCAACCACCGAGGAAGGCAAUCUAAAUGAACUUCUUCUGAACGUCCGACUGAUAGAUCUGAUGAAAAGCAAAACGGGAGCAAAUCUGGUGGAGCAUCACACCAACCUCUACCAGAGCGACAAGUUCGUCAUCCGCCGAGGCCAGACCUUCCAGAUGUGGAUAACCUUGUCGCGACCUUUUGACCCCCACACAGACAAGCUUCAUCUGGAGCUGAAAACAGGCCCCCACCCUGCUGUGUCGAACAAAACCCAUAUCAUCGUCCCUCUGGUGGAGGACCUGGAGGACGGUCGCUGGGAGGCCGCGGUCGUUGAGCGGGACGACAAGAGGUUGAAGCUGUCUGUGAAUUCGCCUCCCACGGCCAUCAUAGGCAGGUACCAGCUCACCGUGGAAACAAGCUGCGCCAACGGCAAGGCCACCUCCAGACACGACCCCGCCAACGACAUCUACAUGCUGUUCAACCCCUGGUGUGAAGAUGACUCCGUUUUCCUGGACUCUGAGAAGGAGAGGCAGGAGUUCGUCCUCAAUGAUGUCGGCCGGAUCUACUACGGCACGCAGCUUCAGAUCGGCGAGAGGACGUGGGACUACGGCCAGUUUAACGAUGGGAUCCUCGCCGCCUGCCUCUUCAUGUUGGAUCGAAGUCAAACCCAAAACUCAGGUUGGGGCGACCCGAUUAAUGUGGCGCGGAUCAUCUCAGCCAUGGUAAACGCUCCCGACGACUUCGGUGUUUUGGAAGGAAACUGGUCAGGAGACUAUUCCCGGGGAACGUCCCCCACCGUGUGGAGCGGAAGUGUGGAAAUCCUGAAGAAAUACUAUGAAAGCAGGGGAACGCCCGUUAAGUUUGGCCAGUGCUGGGUCUUUGCUGGCGUCUUCACUACAGUGUUACGUUGUCUAGGCAUUCCUGCUCGAACGGUGACCAACUUUAGCUCGGCGCACGAUACCGACGUCUCAUUGACGACUGACAUCUACCUGGACGAGGAAAUGGAGCCGAUAGAACACCUUAAUGCAGACUCUAUCUGGAACUUCCACGUGUGGACCGAUUGCUGGAUGUCUCGUCCAGACUUGCCUCCUGGCUACGGAGGCUGGCAAACCGUCGACGCCACGCCGCAGGAAACCAGUCAGGGCAUAUUUCGCUGCGGCCCGGCGUCCCUCAGCGCCAUCCGCAACGGCGAGGUCUACCUCAAACACGACUGCGCCUUCGUGUUCGCUGAGGUGAAUAGUGAUAAAAUAUACUGGCAGAAGAACAAAGACGGCACCUUCAGUCAAAUCUACAGCGAGAAGAACACCGUGGGUCUCUCCAUCAGCACCAAGGCUGUGGGCUCAGACGAACGCCAGGACAUCACACACCUUUACAAACACCCAGAAGGCAAAACAAAAAAAACUAUGACACAACCUCAUGAAAGAACUCAAGCAGCUUCCAAAGCCGUCAGGGCAUAUGAUCAAUUUAUUUUGAAUUUGCUCAAAAUGUUUGAGUGUUUUACUCUUUUUAACAGGCUCAGAGGAGGAACGUAUUGCCGUGGAAACCGCCUGCAGCUACGGCUCCAAAGCAGCCGCCUACUCGUCUCCGACAGCGGAAGACGUCUCUUUAGAAGUGAUCAUGGAGGGCGUCGGUCCCAGGAUGGGGGAGGAUGCAGAGCUGACCAUCAGGCUGAGGAACGUCAGCUCGGAGCCGCGCACCGUCACGUUGCACAGCCAGUUAGCCGUCAUGUACUACACCGGGGUCCACAAGGACACUGUGAAAAGCGACAAAGUAGACGAGCAGAUUCUGCCCAACGAGGUGAACGAUUUGACUUGGGAGUUGAAGUACGACACAUACAAGAACCAGCUGAUCGAUCAGGCUGCCCUGAUGCUCACACUUACCGGCAGGGUUAUGGAAACACAGCAAGUCCUGGCGAAGCAGUUCAGCUUCCGACUCAGGACCCCAGACCUCGUUAUAAAGCCGGUUGGGAAGGCUGUGGUGGGGCAGAAGAUGAAAGUGGAGGUUUCUUUCACAAACCCUCUACCCCUGGUGCUGAAAGCAGUGGUAUUUCACCUGGAAGGAAUAGGCCUCCUACCUGGGAAAAAGAUUCACCAUGGAGAUAUCGGCGGACAUGCCUCCGUCUCCUUCGUGGAGCACUUCGUCCCCACCCUUCCCGGACCGAGGAAAUUACUGGCCUCUCUGGACUGCAGGCAGCUCACCCAGGUCCACGGCGUGAGCGACAUCGCCGUCGAAGACAAAAGCAGCGUGGCUCCGUAAGGGACCUGUCGAGUUCGGACAGUCAAUCUCCCGCCGUCCUGCGGGCUGAUUUUUAUCGCGAACCUGCAAACUCCUUUCUCCCGUUUUAUUUAUGUACGAAGCCAGUAUUCAGAUCUUGCGAUGUGUUCCGCCGCAGGCCUGAUUAAAUUUGCACAAAAAUUGCAAACCGAUGGCUAAUUCAAGGGUUUCUGGCGGAAAUCUGAUACGUGUCGACAAAGAGCGGGCGCUUUUAAUAUCAGACGAAGCCCACUGUGGGCCUCCUACGUUCUUACAUCGCUCCGCAUAAGGAGUGAUGCAGCCGUGUGCAGAACCAUAAUAAAUCAAGUGACCAGCGGCGGCUGGACCGGUUAAGUAACUUUAAUGAAGGAAAUGUGCUUUAGUUAAAACAAGGUUUGUAUUUAUGUCUUGUUUUGCGACUCAUUCAUGCAAUCUAUUUAUUUAGUUCAUUUACCAGUCAUUAAAAACAACAUCUUCAGUACUUCCUGUUUUAAACUUGUUUGUAUUAAUUAAAGAGCGAUAGUUUACAGACUUGCUUUUGGAGCUAUAGGUUUCUGUGUCUUCGAAGGCA